GAGACCGGGGACUCGGGGAGGUCGGACCCGGCAGACGGAGCGUCCUUGGCCCGCCGCUCUCCUCCCCUCCCUCCCGGUCACAUCUCUGUCCCCGGGCCGCCUGGUCCCAGGGCCCCGGUCCCCGGGCCGCCUGGUCCCCGGUCCCCGGGCCCCGGCUCAUCUGGACCCGGGACCAGGUGCAGGUCUGGGGGAAGGUGCGUGUCGCGGGUCGAUCUGUGAGACAAGUGAAACAUUAUUUUCAGACCCAGAGAAUAAAACGCGUUUCUGCGCCGCGGUCUCUGGUUUCAUCCUCCGCCUUUGUCCUCAUGUUUUCCCCGGAGUUCCUCCCCCCGCGGCGCGGGGCGGAGUUUCACACCGGACCAGACGCUCCUUCUGUCGGAUUCGUUUCGACCCGACUCCGCGGGGUUCACGGCGGAAAAACACACUUGGAAAGUCCCGAAACAAGCCGAAGCACCGCAGCGUCGACGGGUCCGACCCGCAGCGGAAGAGAGGGGAGGGGCCGAGCUGCUGCAUGAUGAACGGCAGCAGCAGCGUCUCCGCGGCUCAGAGAUCCAGAGUCAAGAGUGAACCAGAUGACUGGAGUAAGGACGACUGUCUGACUCUGCUGGACAGGAUCCGCGGUCUGCUGCCAGACGCCGACGCCAUGAAGUACAAGACCACGGAGUCGCACUUCGACUGGGAGAAAGUUUGUUUCGGCAGCUUCACCGGAGACAUGUGUCGCCAGAAGUGGCAGAAAGUCUCGACUGAGGUCCGGAAGUACCGGACCAUGACGGAGCUCAUCGUUGACGCCAUUGAGUUUGUGAAGAACCCGUACAAAGGAAAGAAGCUGAAGACUCACCCAGAUUUCCCUAAGAAACCUCUGACUCCAUACUUUCGCUUCUUCAUGGAGAAACGAGCCAAAUAUGCCAAGAUCCACCCGGAGAUGAGCAACUUGGAUCUGACCAAGAUCCUGUCGAAGAAAUACAAGGAGCUGCCCGACAAAAAGAAGCAAAAAUACAUCACAGAGUUUCAACGAGAGAAAGAAGAGUUUGAGAAGAACAUGGCUCGAUUCAAGGAGCAGCAUCCAGAGCUGAUGGAGGAGAGGAAGAAGUCCGACCUGCCGGAGAAACCGAAAACUCCCCAACAGCUGUGGUACAACCACGAGAAGAAGACGUACAUGAAGCUGCACCCAGAGGUGAGUCCGAAGGAGCUGAAGGAGGCUCUGAGGAGACAGUGGUCUCAGCUCUCCGACAAGAGGAGACUCAAGUGGAUCAGCAAGGCCCUGGAGCUCCAGAAGGACUACGAGGACAGUAUGAGAGUGUAUCAUGAAGCUCAUCCCGAUGUGAACUCAGAUGACCACGUCCGAUCCGUCCUCACCAAAGCAGAGCGACAGCUGAAGGACAAGUUCGACGGCCGACCGACCAAACCUCCUCCUAACGGGUACUCUCUGUACUGCGCGGAGCUGAUGGUGAACAUGAAGGACGUCCCCAGUACUGAGCGGAUGGUUCUCUGCAGUAAACAGUGGAAGAUGAUGACGCAGAAAGAGAAGGACAUGUUUCAGAAACGCUGUGAGCAGAAAAAGAAGCAGUACGACAUCGAUCUGCAGAGGUUUCUGGAGAGUCUCCCGGAGGAGGAACGAGAUCGUGUGAUGACUGAGGAGAAACUGGGCGGGUCCAGAGUGAGCGUGGCCUCCAGCCCACACAGAGCCAAGUCUCCUUCAGUCAAGGAGAGGGGUCGGGAGGCGGAGCCAGAGACUUGGGUUUCUGCCGGAACAGCAAAGGAACGACGGGAAGGGAAGAAGACGGCGAAGCUUCCAGAGACGCCAAAGACGGCCGAGGAGAUGUGGCAGAGCAGUGUGAUCGGAGACUACCUGGCCAAGUACAGAAGCGACCGGAGGAAGGCCCAGGCGGCGAUGGAGGCGGCCUGGAAGUCGAUGGAGAAGAAAGAGAAGAUUCCCUGGAUCAAGAAGGCGGCGGAGGACCAGAAGCGUUACGAGGUUCAGUACCAACCUGUGAGGGAGUUGGUGGAGAUGAGGGCGCCAGCGGCGGCUCAGAGGAAACCCAAGUUCGAUGGAGAGCCAAAGAAACCUCCAGUGAGCGGGUACCAGAUGUUCUCCCAGGAGCUGCUGACCAAUGGGGAGCUGAACCACUUCAGUCUGAAAGAGCGGAUGGUGGAGAUCGGGAAGCGGUGGCACAAACUGACCCAGGGUCAGAAGGACAAGUACAAGAAGCUGGUCGAGGAGCAGCAGCUGGAGUACAAGGCCCAGCUGGAGGCCUGGGUCCAGUCUCUCUCUCCUCAGGAUCGACUCGUCUACAAAGAGUUUUCUUCCUCGAAACGUCGCAGCACCACUAAAGCUCGCAGCCCCGGAGCUAAAGUCCGUGUGACGGCGGCGACGGCGGCGAAGGCGGUCAGUUCGAGAGCCACAACACCGGGGGUCGGGGCGGGCAAGAGGGCCAUGGCGUACCGGGCCAAGCAGGACAUGUCCGACACAGACGACGAGGAGAAGAGCGACUCAUCCGAUUCAGACGAGGACGACGAGACAUCGGGAUCCAGCGACAGUGACGAGGACGACGAGAACGAUGACGAGGACGAGGAAGAUCAAUCCUCCUCAGAAGAAUCCAGUGACUCUGACUCUGACUAGCCCCGCCUCCUUCCCCCUCAUUGGAGGAUAGGCUGUGCAGGCCACGCCUCCUCAUGUGCCAAUCAUCCUGGCAGACCAAUGAGAAAGGGUGACGUCACACUGCUACUGUAGGAGGGGCGGAGCCUGAUGGAGCGUUUUGUUACUGUUUGUUUCCGUUUUUUAUCGAGUGUUUGUUGGUUUUUAUCUGAUGAACGUUUGAGCCGGGCGGAGUCGGGGUUUGUACAGUUUGAUGGGUGGAGCCUAUUGGUUGUCAUUAGUUUCCACUGAGGGAGGAGUUAAAUGUUCAGCCUCCAAUCAUCCGCCUGCCAGAGAAAAUUAUUAACAAAUAAAUGCACUUUUUCUCA